ACGUCUUAUCUUUUCAAUGCUCGAUCAGGCGUACAAUAAAAAUAUCAAAUCAUACGUGCGACACAAUUCGAUCGCCAUACGAAUAAAUGACGACGAUACUUGGAAUUUAAUUCAUUCUGAUGAAAUACUGGCAGGUACUACUGGUACUACGUAUGUAGUACCGGCGGCGGGCGCCGGUGGGUCGUCGUCGACGACCAUCGACGACGUGUGGUGUGACGUGUAACGAAAUUAGUACGCGUGCGUGUAAAAUUGUAUGAAAUCUGGCACGUUUCCAUAAUAUUCACAAGAGUUCGAGUGAGUGGAGAUAUGGCUGCUGAUGGUGAAUGGCACCUGCUGCUGGUGAAUGACAGGCAGGCAGUAUCGCGGCGCAGCGGAAGAUAAGAGUUGAGAAGUAAACUGGCUAAAAUGUCGCGUACGAAAUCCGAGAAGAUUGGAAACGGUGGCAACCGAUGCGAGUCAAGCGUGUGGACACGUGCAAUAACGGCAAACUCCGAAUGGCCGGACAAAGAGGAGUUUCUCGACGUUAUAUACUGGGCCAGGCAAGCGAUCGGCAUCAUAGUUGGCAUAGGAUGGGGCCUUAUACCUUUGAAAGGUUUCAUAGCACUACUACUUUUCGUGUUAGUUAACGCGGGUGUUACAUACCUGUAUUUCAGUAAUUUUCAACAAAUUGACGAGGAAGAAUUUGGUGGUGUAUGGGAAUUAACCAAGGAAGGUUUCAUGACAUCUUUUGCUGGUUUCUUGGUAACUUGGAUCAUCAUAUACUCGGGGCUGCAUUUCGAUUGAUCCCUUAUCUGCGGUUCUGUAUAUCUCAAAUAAUAAUUAUUACGGCGGGCAACAGCGGGGGACUGUUGACCAUUGAAAAUCGAUCGCAUGAACCACACAUGCUAAUACUCGUCACGAAAACGUUAUCUCAAACAUUUUCGCAGCAGAGAACGAUUCACGUGUUAGUCUGCGAAACGACGACACGUUUUGUACCCACCACGCAAAAUGCAUUCGACGAACAUACCGAGCAGAAUUUGUUAUAAUUCACUUGUACGUAAUUAAACCGCUAUUACAUAAAAAGAA